AUGUACGUAAGUGAAAAAGUUAUACUUGGGCCUCAAUUGAUUGAAGAGACCGUGCAACAAAUUAAGAUGAUCCAAGAAAAGAUUAAGGUAGCCCAAGAUCGUCAGAAAAGCUACACUGAUCUGAAGCGUAGGGAAGAAGAAUAUGAAGUGGGAGAAAAAGUGCUUUUGAGAGUUUCACCAGUGAAGGGUGUGAUGAGAUUUGGAAAGAAAGGGAAGCUCAACCCUAAUAUCCCAGAUAAAUCGCAUGUGUUGCAACCGAAAAUAGUUCAAAUUGAUGAGAACUUGUCUUAUGAAGAACGACCUAUUAAGAUUUUAGACAGUAAGGUUAGAAGUACCCGGAAUAAGGAUGUUAAAAUCGUUAAGGUGCACUGGUCUAAUAAGAAAUCCGAAGAAGCAACAUGGGAAGUAGAGGCUGAGAUGCGAAAGAAAUAUCCAGAGUUUUUUGCAGAGGCAAAGAAAACUCGUGCGAUGGAUGAAAUUCUUGGUGUUCAGGCUCUGGAAUUUGAGAAUUCUGAUGAUGAUGAAUUAGAGAAUCUUGGUGAAAAUUUGUCGCCAAAAUCAUCAUGGAAGCAUUUGCAACAACAAUCUUAA